UUGUCCCGACAAAUAAGGAAAGGAGAGGUACCGUCCUAUUCAGACGAAGACUUUCCCGAUGAAUAUAAUAAUAAAAUUGACAGAAAUUUUUUUGAAGGAAUUCUGAUAUUUCCGGGAACUAAAUGGUGUGGCUCUGGAAAUAUUGCUGAACAUGAGAAUGACUAUGGAUCUGAAAAGGAUACGGACCAAUGUUGUCGUCAACACGACCAUUGUUUCGACUCAAUCGAGAGCGGAGGCACUAAAUAUAAUCUCAAGAAUAAAGCCAUUCAUACAAAGAGUCAUUGCUACUGUGAUCAAGAAUUUACAGAUUGCUUGAAAACUGUGGACAAAACAGUAUCGAAAAGUAUAGCAAAACUUUACUUCAAUUUAAUUCAAGUGCAAUGUUUUAAGAGAGAUCACCCGAUCGUUGACUGUUUGGAAUAUAAA